UGCCCGUGAAGAUCCGUUCGGUAUAAAUACAGUCCGCUGUCGGAUACGAAUUGAUAAUUCGAUCGCCGAUUGUGUAAAGAAAAUACGAAUGUGAUAUUAUCGCGGUUACGUACGCUUUGAAUUGGUUCUUUAUGUCACAUGUGUUCUGGUUUUUCUUUUUCUUUUAAAAACAAAAUAACCGAGCUCGCCGAGUGCGCGUUAUAGUAACUGCGGCUUAGGUAAAUAAUAUCGUGUGUACAAUAAUAUUAUUGGAGUGUGUUUCAGUGUCGUUUUCCCGACCUUUGUGCUUCUGUUGCACUAUAUAAUAAUUAUAAUUGUUCAUAUUAUAUCUGCCACUGCAGUUCACAAUCGAACGAUCUAUUUAAUCGAACGUGUAACGCAUCACAAAAACCCACGUUGCGUUCAUACAGCGCCUUGCAGCAUCCGAGGCAGCACGUGCAGCUCGUCGUCGACAAAAUCAAAAUCAAACAACCGGUUUUUUUUAAACAAAGACAACCACACGUGUUUGAAAACACAACAUAUGUCGUCAUAAAAAGUGUUUCGUAAUGUAUUCCCAUACGGUUAUAAUUUGAUAUCAUAAAAUACCGUCAGUGUGUCAAUCGCAUUUUUCACGAUUCCUUAGGGAUUUCGACGGCGCGUGCGCGCGUGAAUAAAAUUUUACGAUUUUCGGCAGUGCGCAUACAUAUUACGACAACCGAACAAUCUGCAGUCAUAUUUUUGUAUAAAUCCGCGUAAAAUCUUGUCCGUUUGCGGAUUUUUGAAAUUCGUAGUCUAUUUUUCUUGGUGACCGCCCCAAAAUCUUACAGUCAUGUUCAACAACACGAGCAAUCUACUGCUGCAGACCAUGCUGUACUUGGCACAGACGGACAAUAUCACGUUCCCGUUGAACUACACCGCGGACGCAAACAACGUUAUUUUGGAAGGCGACAACGUGGAGGUCAAGUGCUACGGUGAGUACGGUUGUUUCUCGGUGGCCGGCCUGUGGCAAGACGUCUCAUCCAGGCCGGUGAACGUGUUUCCGGAAAAGCCGGAAAAGAUCGCGCCACGAUACUGUCUGUAUACGCGCAACAACAGGAACGUAUGCCAGUACCUGAACCACAAGGACCGCAAUUCGGUGAUCAUGUCCCACGUGAUCCCAUCGAUGCCCACGUACUUCAUCACACAUGGGUUCUUGGAAGGUGGUGACCGGCCGUGGCUGAAGGAAAUCGCCCGACAGAUCCUGCGACGGUACGACGCCAACGUGAUAAUCAUCGACUGGGAACAGGGCUCGGGAUCGCCGUAUACGCAGGCCGUGGCCAACAUACGGAUGGUUGGCAGGAUAACAGCACACUUGAUAAACGUGAUACGAACGGAGCUGGGAUUAAACGUAGCCAAUGUUCAUCUAAUCGGCCAUAGUUUAGGAUCGCAUCUCUGUGGUUACGUCGGAAGCGUACUGCAGACAAACUUUGGCGUGACUGUGGGUCGAAUCACUGGUCUAGACCCGGCUGAACCUCAUUUCAGCCAAACAGACCCGAUGGUGAGAUUAGAUCCUUCGGACGCCAUGUAUGUGGAUAUCAUACACACCGACUCCAGGCCGUUUAUAAAAGGAGGCGAAUUAGGUCUGGGAAUGAGUGCGCSGAUAGGCCAUUUAGAUUUCUAUCCAAAUGGAGGCGAGAAUCAACCCGGGUGUAACCAAGGUAUGAUGAAGUAUAUUAACCGCGAAAACGGUAGCUUCUAUCAAGGCAUGAGAAGAUUCCUUGCCUGCGAUCAUGUCAGAGCACACGAAUAUUUUAACGAAUCCGUGAACACACAUUGCAACUUUGUAGCAAUUGAAUGCGAUUCAUAUGAAGAAUUUUUAAGUGGAGAAUGUUUUUCAUGUUUGAGCGAUAUGAACCCUGAUGGUAAAAUUUGUGCAGAAAUGGGUAUGCGAUCGCUGGGCCACUGGAAAAAAUAUGCCGCCACCAUUGCUAGUUCUAUUGAUCCAAAUGCAUCGCCACACAUACGUUUAUACUCAAUCACCAACGGAGACUCACCAUUUUGCACGUACUUAUAUCGAGUGACGUUGACCUUGGCAAACUCACAAUUGAGCAAAGACCAUGGUGGGGAAGUAGGGCAUUUUUUGGUGCAACUCGAAGGAACUGAAUCAAAAUCAAAACUUUUGAACGUAUUCAAAGAACAACAUUACAAACCGGGCAGUGUCCACCGUCGGGUGUUCGGGUCGACCAAUGUAGGUUCUAUCAAAUCGGUACUAUUGGUUUGGAACCAUUCAACCACGAUGAACAUACUAACCUGGAGAUUCGAAGCGCCGGUCAUCUACGUCGAAUCGCUGACUAUCGAGGCGUUCAACGGUGGCCAAAAACUAAAGCUAUGUCCACCGAAAUUAAUAGCAUUAGAAKCCGGCCUAUCAUUUAGAAUGAUUCCGUGUUAACACUAUUAACAAUACUAGAGAACAAAGAUACAAAUUUUGAAGUUCGAUGUUCGUAAUAACAUUUUACAUAUUUGGCUAAGUUGAGGACGAUUUUAUUUAAAUGUGUAUUAUGAGCUGAAGUAUAUCAUUAAACGUACCUAUUUACCUGUUAAUUUUUAUUCAAACGUGAUUAUACUUUUAAUUUUGUCACUUGUAAAAUAUGCACCAAAAUAUUAUGUUUAUUUAUUUAAGUUUAAGGUAUAUUCUCAUUUUUACAUAUAGGUAACUAUACAGUAUAAGCAAUAAUUCCUGAUACACUAUUUACUAUUUAUAUUAUACUCGAUGUUCUUUUUUUUAUGUUUAA